GCCGUGUAAUGUGCAUUUUGUUAUGUGUCCGAACUCCACACAAUGACUGACGUUAACAUAAUAAGAAUUAGUUUCUUUGCGGUAAUCAUCUUUGAAGUAAUUAGUGCACAAGACUAUUUUGAAAUGAAACACAUGCAACAUCUCAGGACACAAAAUGAUAUACAUCUUAAAGAGAUACCGAAGAAAUUCGAAGUCAAAGGUAAUAACGUGAACAGAGAAUUCCAGAAGUAUAUAGAUGACAUACAAAAUCUAGCAGUUAAAGAAAAUAAGACAAUUGUGUAUUUAGUCAAAGUAGAUGUAAGCAAACCUUUGAUAUCCAGUAAGACAAUGAAAAAAGCAAGGAAGAUGAGGGCCAAUUCAAAGAAGUACAACGUACCGUUGAAGAAGAAAAACAUGAGAUUGUCAAACUAUGAAAUCGUAAUGAGGAAAUUAAUUGACACAAACAGCCAAAAUAAAGUGAUAAUAAAUCCUGUUACGACGACUGAUCAUGAGGCAGGGGAACCAAAGGUGGUUGAAACGACGAAACUUCCUAUAUUAAAAUACAAACCAAUUAUAAGUAGAGCGUCGUUGCUGGAUUCGGGUGUUGACGCGAUCAUCCGGACUCCAAUGCUGCCGUUCGGACACGAUCGUAAAUUCACAGGAAGCAGAUUUGUUGCCAACCUGGAUCACAACGUCGUCUUCGCUCUUCCGUUCAUGGACAUUUUUCUGACCGGCACAAUGCGAUUCUGCUUAAAUGAGUUGACUCUGUAA